AUGGACGCAAAGGACAACGGCGUCACCCACGUUCCCGACAAGGAGGUCGCCUACCCUUCUGAGAAGGAGCCCGUUACUACUUACCCGUCUGAGAAGGAGGCUGGCUAUGCACCUGAGCACAUUGCUGAUGCAGGCGCCCGCCGCGAGUCUGUUGCUCACAACAUCGUCGAGAACCCUCUGACUCGCCAAACCAAGGCUCAAUGUGUCGCCGCAGCAGAGGCAUGGGCUGUCAAGCACGGUUUGGAAGGCGAAGCUGCUCUCUUUGGCAAGGCUGCUCUGGUUGCCCGCGACCCUGAACGCUUUGAGAUGCUCACCGACAUCAACGAGGAAGAGCGCAGUGCUCUAAUCUACGAGCGCGACCACAAGUGGAACGGCCCAGUCAUGCUGUGGUACUCGAUCGGUCUGUGUGCCAUUGGUGCCGCCACCCAGGGAUGGGACCAGACUGGUUCCAACGGAGCCAACUUGUCUUUCCCCGAGGAGUUUGGUAUCAACCAGGGAGCCAAGAACGAGUGGAUCGUUGGUCUCAUCAACGCCAUCAUCUUCUUGACUGCCGGUCUCAUCGGUGCCUUCAUUGUUGACCCCCUAAACAAGUACUUGGGUCGUAGGGGCGAGAUCUGCCUCACUGCAGUCUGCCUCACCCUCACUCCAAUCGGCUCCGCAUGCGCCCAAUCAUGGCAGGGACUGUUUGCUGCACGCUUUGUCAUGGGUAUUGGCAUUGGUGCCAAGAACGCCACUGUGCCCAUCUACUCUGCUGAAAUGGCCCCGCAUCGAAUUCGAGGUGCUUUGGUCAUGUUCUGGCAGCUAUGGGUUGUCAUUGGUAUUUUCCUCGGUUUCUGUGCCAAUGUCAUCGUCAAGGACGUUCCCAAGAUUGCAUGGCGUCUCCAGCUUGGCUCGGCCUUCAUUCCUUCGUUCAUUCUCAUGAUCGGCAUCUACUUCUGCCCUGAGUCUCCUCGAUGGCUGAUGAAGCACGGUCACGUCGCCAAGGGCUACCGCUCCAUGGCGCGCCUCCGUUCGCACCCCAUCAUUGCUGCCCGAGACUACUACUACUCGUACGUCAUCUACGAGACCGAACUCGCCGUUGCACGUGGAGCUGGUUACUUUGAUCGUCUGUGGGACUGCUUCCGUGUGCCGCGCAUCAGGCGUGCCAACUACGGCGCUUCGACUGUCAUGUUGGCGCAGCAGAUGUGUGGUAUCAACAUCAUCUCCUUCUACAGUUCGACUAUCUUCACCGAUGUCGGUUACACUAACGACCAGGCCCUGUACGCGUCUCUCGGUUACGGUGCCAUCCAGGUCGUCUUUACGAUUCCCACGUUGUUUCUCAUCGAUACCAAGGGCCGUAGAACGCUUUGCAUGUGGACCUUCCCUCUGAUGUGCAUCUUCUUGUUGGCCGCUGGUUUGUCUCUUCUUCAGCCAGAGACUGCAAGCCGAGGUGCUAAGAUUGGCCCCGUGGUUCUGUUCGUCUACCUUUUCACCAUUUGCUACUCGCUUGGAGAAGGCCCAGUCGCGUUCCAGUACUCUGCCGAGGUUUUCCCCACUAUUCAGCGUGAACAGGGCAUGGCUUGGGCUGUGUGCAUCAACAACACCUUCGCCGGUAUUUUGUCGCUCACCUUCCCGCGUAUGCGCACUGUCAUGACCUCAACGGGUGCUUUUGGUUUCUAUGCCGGACUCAACCUUAUUGCUUGGUUCAUGAUCUUCUGUUUCGUCCGCGAGACCAAGCAGCUCACGCUGGAAGAGUUGGACCAGGUCUUCAGUGUGCCGACCAAGAGCUACCUCAAGUACGAGAUUACCGAGUCUGUGCCAUACUUCUUCAACCACACCAUCAUGCGCCGGAAUGUCCCCAAGCCACCGCCGAUCAUUGAGAAGGGCUACGCUGCCGAUACUCUGCCAACGGCCUAA